AUGCAUUUAUAUAUUGCAUAUAUAUAUAUGUAUUUGGGCACAUAUAUAUUAUGCAUUUAUGUAUGUAUUACUGUGCCAGUAACCAAAAGGGGAACAAAAAAAGUGGGCGUGUGUACACUACAGUAGAUUAUACAGGAAAAGUCUGCAGUCUCUGAGAAGGUACAUUUGUAGAAGAGUCUGCAUUUCUGCCGUUGUGUUUAAGCAGCCGCUUUGUUUCAAUUAUCUGGUUUGAAAGAUGGAGUUUGGAUUGGUCCUGUCCUUGUCUUUUUUGGCAGCUGUUGCCAAUGGUAAUCAAGCAAUGGUGCAGCUGGAGGUGGACCAGCCGUUUCAGCGUGUUCCCGUGUCAGAAAAGGCCUCAAUCCAGUGCUGCUACCGUUGUAAGGAGAAGCCCCAUGUCACCUGGAUCAUGAAUACUCACACAGUCAACGGAACCACAAUACCAAGAUUUGUGAAUCUAUCAGAUGCGGUGAAGGCUGAGCCAAUGACUGAAGUUGAUGGAGUCAAAUGCCAUUGGUUGAUUCUCAAGAACGUCCGUGUUGCUGAUACUGCCCUGUACCAGUGUUUCAUCAAUCUUACCUCUCCUCGCAUUGCCAUCUUUACCCAUGGCACCUUCCUUCAAGUCUACAUGCCGAUGCACAAGACCUUGAACCUCAGCGAGAGUGUGAAGAACAGCAUUAUUACAGCAGAAGGGGUCUUACUGCUGCUGUGUGUGCUGAUCCCUGGUACCAUGCUCCUUUGUAAGUCAAAGAGGUUAAAUGAACUGGAGAGGAAGAAAGGAAGGGAGGAAGAAAAUAUCUAUGAGGGUUUAAAUCUGGAUGACUGCAACUCAAUUUACCAUCAAAUCCAACGCUCCCAUGUGCAAGGCCCGUAUCAAGAUGUGGCCUGUGGAGAAGAAAUUCAGCUGGAGAAGCCCUAGCUGAGCUACGGAGAAAUGAAUAAGUCCGAUUCGCAGAGAGGAAAGGAUGAAAUAAGGAAUAGAUGGAUGUGUCUCAUCCUCUGUGCACUGUGGUUAAAUACCUUAAAGUGCAACACUUUCUCAUCAUUUGUCAGGGGCGUAAAUCUCAUUUAAAGGGGGUGGGGGGUUUGGGGGGAAAUAAACAUAAAUUUCUCAAGAGCAAUUUUUGAAGGGGACACAAAUAAUACAGUCAAAAUUGUACUUACUACAUCACAAAGCGACAAUAUGCAUAAGGUUCAUGGGUUUAUCAUGCAGACUUGCAGUCGUCAUAUAACUGAACUGAACUGCCACGUACUGUAAUAUAAGUGAACACCCAAUAAAGCUGUUUCCAUUUC